AUGGGGAACUUCUUGGGAUUAAAGGAAAACAAAUACAAUAAGACGAACAUAAACAUAUUUGAGAAGAGGUACGGCUAUAACCUGAACGAUCUGCACAGUUACGUUUACAAAAUCAAUCUGCCGCUGAAGCCGCGCUAUGUAAGCUAUGUACUACAGGAAAAGGGGAAACGGGCAAGUGGGGAAGAGCCCAAUGGUGUACCCCCCGAUGGAGAUCUUCCCAAUGUAACUUCUCACCUUGACUGUGAGGCUGAUAGUAUGGACAACACCUCGGAAGGAAAGCAAUUCCUCGCCCCCGUAGAUAUAUACAAUCGCUACGAUCGAGAUAACUUGCAUAAUUCAAGCAAUAUUUAUCAAAAUAAAUUAAAAAUAAAUCAAAAGGGGCAAGAGGAGGACCACCAAAAGUACGAAGACAUGUACGUCCACAUGUCGUAUGACAACAAGUACAUUUACGAUCAACAUAAAAAUAAUAUUUAUGAAGAGUACAGUAUUUAUAAUUAUGUUUCAAAAAAAACUCCACAGUUAAUGUCACAAAAAAAAGAAGGGGUAAAAAAGACCUACGCAAACUUAUGUUUAAAUUACUACAAUAAUCUGGAUACCUGUAUGAUUAAAAAGUAUCAGAAAAAUGUUCAGAACAGGAAAUAUAAAUUUACACGCCUGCACACAUGCAAGCCGCACUACAUCCUCUUCUCCCGUUGCGUAAUGUACCGAGACAAAAAGCUCAUGAACGAAAUAAAAAAAGUGGAACUCAAUUAUUACAACUCCCUGAGCAGGGAUAGCAGAUCGCUUUACCUGAACGAGUUUACCACUAACUUGAAUUACCACGAGUACCUCAUUAGCAAAAUGCAUGACGGAGUGGAGAAGAUAAAGAUAAAGAAAGAACUGGACGAACUACGGGAGAGGUAUAACCACAUUGUAAAAUAUGCAAACGCGGGGUUUACAGAAGCACCUACGUUUGAAGCCCCCCAGGAGACUACCUACUUAAAUGAGAAGAAGUACAUACUACUAAACUUAUAA